AUGGCCAACUCGUCGCCGUACGAUGAUCCCGCCAACAUCAACAGAUUUCUACAAGUAAUCAGCGGCAACUCACAGUCCGCAAAGACGGAGGCACGGUCCAACAUGCCUGUGUCGAAGCUCAACGCACAGAGUCCGAUCUUCUCACCCAAGGUCACUGUCGUUACCGAUGGACAAGUUGAAAAUGACCCUUUCAAAACAAGCAACGGCGCACGCGGUGUUGAGUCAUUGCAUGGACAAGCGCCUGUUCUGGCGCCCUUCCAUUCUCCUUUCCCUCAAGCAUCCUUCACUCAAAAGACUGCUCCGGUUGACUUGGUCCAAGAUCAGAACGGCGUUGUCACCAAACCUGCAAUCCCGGCAGCUGAGGAAGUACCCUCACAGAAGAACGCUAAUGCCAUCUCACCAACAAAGAAGCGCCCAUUGACGCCGACCCAGCAUAGACUGCUGGUCGGCAAGAAACCUGGAGUCGAGCACCUCACAGAGGAUAAGUUGGCGGAAUUGAGUAGACAGACUCAGGGUUACAUGGACAAUGUGAUUGACCAAUUCCGAAAGUCAAAAGAGCAGACUUCGGCACAGGAGCAUGUUACGAGUGGUCGUGUUCCUCAGAGCAGGUUCCAGACGACGGCUUUUACUUUCGUUUGCUCCUCUUUGCCAACAGAUGGGGACCAUGAAGCAAACGGAGACAUGCCAAACGUUGAUGGAACACCAGUCAAAUCUGCAACCAGCGAGAGCAAAGACGAUGCGCCUACUGAGAGCUCUGACCAGCAGGAGCACUGGCAACACAAGAGUGCCGAUAGUGCAUCUUGCCACACUCGUGUCGUGGAUCCUGCGUUCAACAAAGAUGACCAGCAGCGCUGGAACGACUAUUCAGAGAAAGUGAAUGACUCACCAGAAAUUGUUCCCUUUCCCAGCUUGACCGAAGGCCCAAUCGCGCAAACUAGUGGCAGCGUGAACGGCUCUGGAGAAGGAUGGCAAGCGUCAACAGCCGUUGCUGCGGUCAAAGACAAGCCUCUUUCGACCUCUACUCCUAUUCUGUAUUCACACAGCACACUCAAGAAGGAGGACCGUGAAGAUGAGGCCGUUCCACCAGCAGGCAAAGCAACCGAAAACGAUACUCCCUUGUCAUCCACUCAUUCUCCCACCAUUGUGGUCACCGCCAGCACGGACACAGACGGCAGUGUCGAAGAGGACGAUGACGAUGACGAUGACGAUGUCGAGGAAGAAAAUAGAGAGAAUCUUGUCCGAUUCAAAUCGUGGGGAGCACCGGCUGCCCGUAAUAAGCCGAGAUCUCGUCCCCGAACUGUCAUCCUCGCUGGUUUGCCACGUGGUGCUGAUUUCACACUCGUCCAAUCUUUGAUUCACGGUGGUGCCAUCGAAAGUAUGGGGCUCAUCGCGUCCAAGCCUGAGCACAUCACAAUCGCGGCUCACGUAACCUUUACCUCAGCUGAUGCCUGCGAUCGCUACUCUCAGGAGUAUGUCAAAGGUAUAGAACUCCGCUAUCAAGGCAAGAAGUGGUCUAUCUUCGUGCACAAGCAAGAGCAAGUUGAUGUGAUAUCUGGAAAGUUGCAGGGAUAUCUAGACUGUGGAGCGACCCGCGUGGUCAAGGUGAACAACGUCGACGAUGAUUGGGGCAUUGUUGCUUUGAAUAAGCUCGCUGAAGGGAAAACUGGUACACGUCAAGUCGAGGCAGUGCAAGAUACGUAUCGCAAUGGGAUCCGCACGAUUGUCUUCCGCUUCGCCAACAUCAGCCACGCAGUCCAAUUCAAAAGCUUUCUUAUUCGAGAUGAUGACUGGUAUGGAUGUCACGUUGAAUUUGCAGAGGAUCCAUGCGAAAAGGCAACUGGGAUUCGCAAUGACUGA